AUGCCAGCUCCUCGUUGUUCAACUUGGUCCGCACCCUUCCCCGCAUUCAUAAGCUCACUACCACCAGAUCAUCCUCUCGUCUCUCUGUUCGAUCGUAUCGUUGAUGACAUACCAGUGUCUGAUAGGCCAUCCUGGUCACCACACAACACCUAUGAUCACCGCGUAUCUCCUACAGGACCUGAGAACGUUGGGUUCUGGGCAGCCCUCUGUGCCGAUCAUCUGGAUCGUGACGAAGUCACGCGAAGAGGCAUCGGAGAUUGGUUCUUGGAGUCGGAGUUGGAUCCCGACGGGGAAGUGUCGAGGUGGAUGAAGUACGAACUAGGGCUGACUUUGGUGUCGCGGGACUCGCACCCGACCUCGUUCCACGUUUGCAGGACCCUUCCUAUGUCACUUUGGCCAAUCAACCGUUCAGAAGUCGAAAUGGCCAUCCGCACAAUGCUGCAUCAACCUUCUCCAGCAACCUUGGCAGAUGCAGUGCGAGUCAAGCUCGGGUAUAUGGAUGAGCGGGAGGAACAACAGAUUGCACCUGGAGAGGGACCAUCCUCAAGCGGUGGACUUGGAGCUCCUCCACUACUACCAGGGACGGAAGACUCAGGAAUGAUGCCUUUGGACUUUGAUACCGCACCCGGAGAGGAUCAAGUGGUGGUAACUAAUGAUCGAUUCAUGGACGACUCCAUAGAGAUGGGGCGACGUGAUUCAUUGUCAUUUGAGGAAGACAUUUCUCCAUACUCCGCCGACGCCAGGCAGGACAGAACCCCAAGGCUCGAACCUGCGUCCCUGGAGUCCUUGACUUAUGUCCCUGACAUGGAUCCGGUUCGAUCUCUCAGUGGAAUCAACAUUGUAAGGAUAGAGCUCAGGUCACAAGCUCUCAACUCUCCUCGAGAGGCACCAAAUGUUGAGCACUAA